CAUAGUGUCACGGAUUACCUUUUUUUACAUUCACAUAUUUUGCAGACAUCGGUGUACAAAUACAGAAAGACACAGCUAUGAAGACAAACUAUCUGCCACUAACAGUUCUUCUUUUAUACAUUCUUGAACUUUCAUGUGGGUAUAUCGUCGAUAAGACAGAGUAUCAUAUCGAGAAAAUUAAUCAUGGGACAGAAGAAGAAAUAAAAAUAACAGACAGAAACGGUAAAUUAGUGGCCACUAUUGGUCUGUAUUUAGAAGAUGAAUAUCAAAAUAUUCUACCAGAAGAUUCGUACGUUUGUCUGAUCGCACGCCUCGAUAUGAGAAGUGAUAUUUCUGUGUGUUAUGAUCGGGUACCCCUUCAACCAGGCCUCAAAGGUAUCGAGUCGAAAACUGAAAAAUGUGGAGACCGUCCUUUAUUUCGCCUGGCCGAACGUGACUGUGCUUUCAUUGAAGAUACAGAAAAUGGAACUGAUAGGGAGAAACGGGAGACUCAUCGCAAAUGCACUUAUUACCCAUACCCAGUCACCGUGUGUGUUGAAGAGGAAUCGUACUGCAAGAUAAAAGGCUGGUUCUUCCAUGCCUGGAAAUGUAAAAGUUGGGGAACAAGAUGCAAACGAUACGAAAUAACUUACAGAAUGACCAACAACUGUCCUACGCUCUAACAAUUAACUGACUUCCUUAGCAUAGUUCAUGACCUAAUUCGUCCCGACAUACACAAUCUGCUGUAACCGUUGUCAUUUUUGUAUUCGUCUAACUGUUUAUUAUGCUUUUGUAUAACCAGUUCUACUUCAUACUGAAUAUGUAAGCUGUCUGCCUCGAUGGAGUAUAUUUAGGUUAUACAUUACAUAUUGAAGUCAUUAAGCACCACUUUAAAGUUAUGUUUUGACGAAUUAAAACUUAAAAGGUGAAUAAUCACAUUUUGAUAAAGUAAUUGAAUCGCUCUAAAGUUUAAAAGUGACCAUUCAAAGCUACUGAAUGUUUGAUUUUCACUGCAGGUAUUCUAAAAAUUUUAUUUUUCUAUCCUGGUUGACCAACCAAGAUAGUAUUUUAGCAUAUGUUUAAGCAAUGAUAUGAAUAUAAAAUCUAUUGAACUAUAUUUGUCAAAGAUUUACUUUGAUAAAUAUACAUCAAGCUUAAAUUCAUUAGAACUGCAAUUUUAUAAAAAAUUUAUUACCUCCCUUAACCUACUAGGGUUGGUUAGAAAUAAAUGAAUUCGGAAGCUAUACACUGUUUAAAAUUUGGCUCUUGGUUCAGACUGUUGAAAUAUCCCAAAAUCUAGAAAAUGCUAAUUUAAAACUAAAAAUCAUAUUUAUAUAAAGAAAAGAAUAGUCUGCAUUUUGAAUAUUUUCAGAUUAAAGGGGAGUAAUAACAAUAUUUCAUAAAAGUAAUAAAUAGACAUCUAACUAUGUAUUGGGUCAUUUUGACCAUUUAAUAAAUUUCCAACAGAAUAUACAAAAAAGAUGACAUAAAAUAAUGUUUAAAUGAGAUUGACCACCUUUCAACAGUGGUAGAAAUACGAUACCAACACUGUUACCAUGCACCGUUGCUUAUAGUUACGAUCAAAUGUAUAACAUCAGAUGAAAGCGCAGCAUAUCCUUUUUUACGUGUUAAUCAUAACAUCUGCUUAUGGCACAUCAAAAUCAUAUAUAAUUUUAUGUACAUAAUUAUAUUAAUAUAGAUCUAUAGAAUACAGUAAAUAAUUUUUUUAACGAAUAUAAAGUGGUUUUCUUUAACUUUUUCCCUUAGAUUUAUCUGAGAAAAUGAUUCGAAUUUCAUCGUAUUCGGUACAGUGUACAAAAAAGGAUUCAUGUUGGACCUAUAAAUAUAUAAGACAACAUAAAUUUAGGUCUUCAUAAUCAACUUAAAUCACCAAAAUACUAUGAACCAAUAUGAUAUAUUCUAGGGAUGGGAACGAAUACUGAAAUCAAUAUUCGAAUAUUUGGUUUGCCAUAUUCGAAUAUAUUCGAAUAUUCGGUUUGUUUUAAUGGAAGCUUUAUAUUCUUAUUAAGUGAUUGGCAUAUACACAACGUAUUCAUUUAUUUAAGGCGUGGAUCAUCGUACGUAAUAAGGCCAAAAAAUGCCGAUCCUAGCGUUUUAUUUCACUAUUCUGUCAGUAUAAUCAUGAACAUAAUUAACUAAUUCAGUGUUUUAGCUUCAAAAUGAUACAAAAAAUCAAAACGAUUAUAAUUUAGACCGUCGCAAUUUUAUCUUAAAAUAGCAGGUCGUCCCAUUUAUACACGUGACGCGCUGUUGUAUUACCGCCGCCAUUUUGAAAAUUUUCAAUCGUCGUGUAAAAAGCAAAGCAGACUUAGACCUCCUUCAACAUGAACUUAAGCAUCAAUCAUAUGUUAUUUCUUGAUUUUCUUAUAAGGUACUUCAAAAUUUAAUUAGAAUACUGCCGAUGGCGGAUGAAACCCGAUUCUGCGGAUGGUCUGAAACGUCGUACAAAAUAUUGUGAAAAGAUCGGCAAUAUCUGCAAGUUUGGUAUUGUUUUCGAAAAAAAAUUCUACAACUUGUUACAUAAAACAGGCGCCAAUAAAAAUGAACAAAAGAUAAAGAGAUAUCAUAUUUGCGCCUAAUACAAACUGUAUUAGGCGCAAAUAUGAUAUCUCUUUAUCUUUUGUUUAAUAUAACGUUAUACCAAUAUAAGUGGUGUUGUAGGUAUAUUCUAAUAUGACCAAGGCUCGACAAAUCCACUCGUCUGCUCGUAAAUACGAGUAGAAAUUACUUCCGGGUGAAUGAAACUUGUAGUAUUCGUCCUGCGGGACAAGUGUGUUUUUUUCUAUUAAAAUGGAGCCGGAUAAAAAAAGAUGUAAAACGAAAGUUUAUUUGAUAAUCCAUUCAAUUCCGUUCAGGUAGUUCUGCACGUUAGGAUCGAAAUUUUUUCUACAAUGUAGAAUUUGAUUAAACUCUGAUUUUUCAAAACUUUCGAAUAUACUAAGAAAAUUCAGCAAAUAAAAAGAUAGGGUCGUGUGCUUGAUUUUUUGCUAGGCUGAUUUGAAAAGUUUCGACCUCAUGCAAUUUUUUAUAAUGGGAGUCUAUGGGAAAAAUGCAAUUUUCUUAACAUUUUUGCCAAUAGAAAUUUUUCUACAAUGUAGAUUUUAAUGAAACUUCUCACAGUCGUAAAUAAACAUGUGGCCUAUAAUAUGGUGAAAUAAAAUGUAUGGGUCCGUGUGCUUAUUUUUGAGAUAUCUGGCUAUGAGUUAAGCGAACCUCCUAUUUUAAGCUAAUUUUAAGGCACUAUUUUGCAUUAUUUAACGUGUAAGAUGUUUUAAUAUAUCAUUUUAAUUUAAGAGAGAUAGCAGCAGUGCCAUUUUAAUAAUUUACUCACGGGUUGUCCUUAACUCAUAAACUGAUUUGCGUUUCCGUACGCCGAAUCCAGGCAUUAUUCUACGUUUUCCGGAUAAAUGACGUUACACCAUCACUUCCGGUUUAUCAAACGUGCAGAACUACCUUAAGAUACCGCAUUAUGAUCGCACAAGAUUCCGCCAAGUGCCAUUUUUAAUGGACUUUAAAAUAGAUACUGUCUGUAAAAAAUCGUUUUUUUCGUGAAUUGCAGGACGAGUACAAAUUAUAGCAGGACGAGUGAAAAUUCCUUGCACCUCAUCGUGCAGAACAAGUUGUUCUCAAAUAAUUUGUCGAGACAUGAUGACUAACAAUGCUUAAUCAUAUGUUUAACGUCGCGGGAAUGAAAUAAAGCCAUUACAUAAAUUUGAUAAUACACACUUUAGUGCAAUGAAGUUUUGACGUCGACGUCGUUUAAAGUAUCGAAGACGUUCGUCAAAUUAACUUGUUUAUAAUAGUUAAAGAAAGUAGAUAUUUUUAUGUUUCCGCUGAAAAAUCUUACAUGUGAUAAAAAGAAUAUUACAUUUGUGAUUUUCCACAUUGACUUUAUUAAACUCGUUGAAUAAAAUUUAUAAAAUGCUAGGCAGAGCCGCGCAUUUUAUUAUUUUAUUCAGCGAGUUUAAUGAAUUCAAUAUGAAUAGACACUCAUGUAAUAUCCUCUCUUUAAUCACUACAACGAUAUUGUGUUGACGUCACGUCGACCUGACAUAUAGCGCCAUGUACCCAAAAUAAACAAACAAAAUGUACGCGUCGGGAAAUAGCGCUUUCAAAUUAAAUCAAAUAUUUUACUUAAAAACAUAUUUAAACGAAAUGUCACAUAGCAACGACGUCGACGUCAAAGCUUUAUCACAGUACAGUAUUAUCAUUUUUAUGUAAUUGCUUUAUUACACGACCCGAUUUGUUUACCUAUAAAAGUAUUAAACAAGAAAGGCUGAAAACUGUGUGUUAUUAUUCCACAAUUUAUUUUUCUGACUUCACAAUCAUUACGUCAUAGCUUAGACGGCAAUGCGGCGCGCUAGAAAGGAAAUCAACAAAAAUCAGGCAAAUAUUUGAUGGAUAUCGUCAAGAACGUACAUGAUAAUAAAUAACGCGUCAGAACCGAAAUAAUAUAUCUCAAACAGUGACUUGUGCGUGAAUAAAAUCGUUGUUUGUCGUUUAGAUGCGUAUUAUUAUAUCACUCGGGCUGUGCUCUCGUGAUAUAUUCCUUCGGAACUAAAGUCCAAACAAUUAUUUUAUUCAAUCACAAAUCAGUUUGAGAUAUAUUAUUUCUUAAUAUAAGAUGAAAGCGGUCCGCCACAGUUCGAUAUUCCAAAAUACAUUCUAAAGGUGAAGAUAACUU